AUGGCCGCCGCAUUGGGUAUAAACAAGCAAGGGCCCUCCGCUGGUAUGGAUUCUGGGACCCGCUAUAGCCGGGGUACCGGUGGAAAUACAGUCAAGGUGUUGGAGUGUGGGGUCUGUGAAGACGUCUUCUCGCUCCAGGGAGACAAGGUACCGCGGCUGCUGCUCUGCGGCCACACCGUCUGCCAUGACUGUCUGACCCGACUGCCUCUCCACGGCAGGGCGGUGCGCUGCCCCUUCGACAGACAAGUCACGGAGCUUGGGGACUCGGGUGUCUGGGGCCUAAAGAAGAACUUUGCCCUGCUGGAGCUCUUGGAGAGGUUGCAAAAUGGAGCAUCAAACCAGUCGGGCAUGGCCGAAGACGCCCUCAAGGAGAUGGGGGAGCGCAUCAUCCGCUGUGACGAGGACGAGAGCCACACGGCCUCUAUGUACUGCACGGUGUGCGCCACCCACCUGUGUGCCGAGUGCUCGCUGCUCACCCACUCCACGCGUACCCUGGCCAAGCAUCGCCGCGUCCCAUUGGAGGACAAGCCUCACGAGCGCACGCUGUGCCCACACCACCAGGUGCACGCCAUUGAGUUUGUGUGCCUGGAGGAUGGCUGCCAACCCGGCCCGCUCAUGUGCUGCGUCUGCAAAGAGUACGGCAAGCACCAGGGACACAAGCAUGCCGUGUUGGAGGCGGAGGCCAACCAGAUCCGCGCCUCCAUCCUGGACAUGGCCCACUGCAUCCGCACCUUCACGGAGGAGGUGUCCGACUACUCCCGCAAGCUGGCCGGCAUUGUGCAGCAGAUAGAGGGGGGGGAACAGGUGGUGGAGGAUGGCAUCGGCAUGUCGCACACGGAACAUGUCCCCGGCACGGCGGAGAGUGCGCGCUCGUGUGUGCGUGCGUACUUUGCGGAGCUGCACGAGACGCUGUGUCGACAGGAGGAGAUGGCGUUGAGCGUGGUGGACGCGCACGUGAGGGAACGCCUCAUCUGGCUACGGCAACAACAGGAGGACAUGACCAUACUGCUGUCGCAGGUCUCCACCGCGUGCCUGCACUGCGAAAAGACACUACAGCAGGACGACUGCCGGGUGGUGGUGGCCAAGCAGGAGAUCAACCGUCUGCUGGAGACGCUCCAGAAGCAGCAGCAGCAGUUCACAGAGCUGGCCGACCACAUCCAGCUGGACGCAGGCAUCCCCGUCACAUUCACCAAGGACAACCGUGUCCACAUCGGGCCAAAGAUGGAGAUCCGUGUGGUGACGCUGGGCCUGGAUGGAGCAGGGAAGACCACCAUCCUCUUCAAGCUGAAACACGACGAGUUCAUGCAGCCUAUUCCUACCAUAGGUUUUAAUGUUGAGACGGUGGAGUACAAAAACCUCAAGUUCACCAUCUGGGACGUAGGAGGCAAGCACAAGCUGAGGCCCCUCUGGAAGCACUACUAUCUCAACACACAAGCGGUGGUGUUUGUGAUUGACAGUUGCCAUAGAGACCGGCUGAUGGAGUCCCAUAGUGAGCUGGCCAAACUGCUGACAGAGAAGGAGCUGAGAGACGCUCUUCUGCUCAUCUUCGCCAACAAACAGGACGUGGCGGGUGCGGUGUCUGUAGAGGAGAUGACGGAGCUCCUGAGUCUCCACAAGUUGUGUUGCGGCCGCAGCUGGCACAUCCAGGGCUGUGACGCGCGCAGCGGCCUGGGGCUGCACGAGGGGCUGGACUGGCUCUCACGACAGCUGGUGGCCGCCGGAGUCCUGGACGUGGCCUGAAGACAACGCCAUACAGAAUACAGAAUACUGAGGCAGAGGCACCCUCCAUUUUACAACAGCAGAUGAAAACCCCAACCAUAACCCCUCCAUCCUGCUCUGUUUAUGUCCCUGGCCUUCAUGCAGAGGCAGUGGCAGAGGCACCCUCCAUUUUACAACAGCAGAUGAAAACCCCCAACCCCAACCAUAACCCUUCCAUCCUGCUCUCUUCAUGUCUCUGGCUGUUGGCUGCAAGGGUUGCUGGACGCGGCCUGAAGAUUCCAUGCAGAGGCAGAGGCUGAGGCAUCCUCCAUUUUACAACAGCAGACCAAUACCCCCAACCGUAACCCUUUCCAUCCUGCUCUGUUCAUCCUGGUGACUGGAUUUGAUGCAUCACCCUUCCCUUCUUUACUCAUACACACUGUCCCUGGCUGGUGGCCUCAUCAAGACGCCAUUUUCACCAGAUUGAAGACCAGAGGCUGAGGCCUGACCAGUGACCAUCCAGUUUACCACAGCAGAGGAAC